AUGGAUCUAGUUUUCAAGAAAAAAAUAAAAACAUUACAUGGUACUUCAACUACAAUUAUAUCUCAAUUAUCAAAUGAUAAUAAUAAUUGUUCAUCUUAUUAUUUACUGCAUCCAUAUCUAGUUCUAUUACCAGGUGUUGAAACAACAUUUCUUCCAGUACGUAUUCAAAAAUCUAUUUAUUCAAGUAAAACAAAAAUAAAAACGAAUCGAUCAACAAAUAUCGAAGUAUGUGGAAAGUAUCAUGAUAAUAUAUGGGGUAUAGACCAAGAAGAAAUAUAUAGUCUUGAUCUAUGGAUAUUUCCAAUGGAUAAUAAAAUCGAAGAACCAAUAUUUACAUUUGAAGGUGCUGUUAUUCAACAAGUUCAAGAUAUAUCACAUUUACUUCCAUCACCCAAAAUUAUUCUUAAUAAUCAACUUAAUUCUAUUGGUAAUCAAGAUUUAAUUGAAUCAAUAGAACCAUUUAAUGAAUUAACUACUUAUUAUGCUCAAAUGGCAAUAAAAGAUCUUGAUUUGGAUCAACAAUAUCAUCCAUUAUUAAAUGCAUGUCGUUCUCUUGCUUCAACUUUACAUGAAGGAGUAAUAUGGCAUUCAACACAACUUCGUCUUAUUCAAUUAAUUCAACGUUUUCCUCGUUUAAAACCAUUUUUAAUAAUAUUAAAUAAAUAUGGUUUACAUUUAAAAGAUAUUCUUAGUGGAGAAAAAAGUGGAUUAGAUAUAUUUUUUGGUGAUGACGAAAUUGGACAAAGUUUUCAACAAAUUAAAACUCUUAUCAGGGCAACUAAAACACAACAAAUUUUUCAUACUAUUUGUCAACAUUUACAAUUACAAUAUGAACGACAAACGAAAGAUGAUAAUUCAUUUGAAAAUUAUCGAUUACGUAUAUUUUGGUUAACUGAUAGUCAUUGUUCAGAUGUUUUACCUAUUCUUGAUCUUUUUCUUAGUUUAUCACAACAAACAGGUUUAUUGAUUGAUGUACAUUAUGCAGAUUCUGAUCCAACACAACUUGCAAAUGCUCAACAAACAUUUAAUACACAUCUAACUAAUCAAAUAAAAAAUUUAUCUAUUAUUUAUGAUGAAACAAUUGAUUUAUAUGAUAGUAAAACACUUGAAAAAAUACCAUUCGAAUCAUUUGAUAUUAUAUUUUCUUCCAAUCAACUUCAAGGAAAUCAAGAUUUAACAAAUUCUUUAAUUGCUCUUCGUCGUUUACUUGUUCCUAAUGGUCUUCUUUUAUUACUUGAAUUAGUUCAUGUUCCUCUUUAUUUUGAUCUUAUUUUUUGUUUCUUUGAUCAAUGGUGGUCAUCAUCUGAUGAUGAUAAUUGUGCAUUAAAAAAUAUUCAACAAUGGGUGAUAUUAUUAGAACAAAUCGAAGGAUUUCAUAUUAUUGAAUCAACAACAAAUCAAAAUGAAAGCACAUUAAUUAUUAGUCAAAAAACAACAUCGAAUGAUAUAUUACAAAGACUUGAUGAAAGAAAAAAUCAGUUAUGGUUAAUAUUUACUAAAGAUGAUAAUAAUAGUUUUGGUCAUAUUCUAUCAUCAUUGUUACCAUGUUCAAAUAUUAGAAUUUUUGAUAUUCGUCAUUCAACUUUCGAUACUAUUUGUUUUGGAAUAUCAGUUUUAUUAACUACUUAUAAACAAGUAUCUAUUAUUUUUGCAUGGCAACUUGAUCAAAAAUUACUUAAUGAAAAUAAUGAUGACGAUUUAGCAUUGAAACAAAAUGAAGAACUUAUAUGUGAAACAUUAUCAUGUAUUCUUCAAACAUUUCAAAAAUCAUCACCAUAUUUUUAUCCAUUUGUAUAUGUUCUUACAGAUCAUGCUCAAUUCAAUAAUGAUUCGAAUCUUAAUAUAAUUGCAUCACCAUUUAUUGGUCUUGCACGAAGUUUAAUAACUGAAUAUGAACGAAAUCGAUUAAAACUUAUUGAUCUUCGAACAUCAUUAGAUAAUAAAUUAAUAUUUAUUCAUAUUUUAAUAGAAUAUAUGAUUAAUUCAAGAUAUUCAACUAAUACUUGCCAAGUUGUUCUUCGUCUUAAUCAUACAAAUGAAAAUGAAGUUCAACAUUUAACAUGGCAUUAUGAAAUGUUACAAAAUAAUGAUGAACAAAAGAAAUCUAAAUUAGAACAAAUAUCUAUUAUUCCUAAACGAGAUGCAGAUCAAAAACCAUUUUGUAUUUGUGUACCACGAUCUUGUUUUCUUUCUGAAUUAACAUGGAUCGAAGAAGAUAGUGAAGAAGAACUAUUACCAUCAGAUAUGGUAGACUGA